AUGAUACCCUUAAUCAAGAUUUCUCAAGUAUAUCUCAACCUGAUCUAUCUUAACGUUUCUAACAAUGGAGGCUUAACUGAUCAUUCUAUUACUAAAAUUGUAAAGAAAUGUGAUAAAUUGCAGUUUUUAGAUAUUGGUUUUGGCAGAGAUAUUACCGGUAAAUUAUUCUGUGAAAUAGCACGGUCAUGCAAUGGGUUAAAACAUCUAAGAAUUAGUAGGUAUCAGAAUCAUAUCACUGAUAGCAUUAUACAUGAUAUUGCACCAUCCCAUCUUAACCUUCAAUCUAUAGAUAUUUGUUCUUCUAGUAGAUUUACCGAUAUUGCUAUUUAUACCCUUACAGAUUCAUGCCCAAAUCUGAGAAGUUUAAAACUCGAGUAUUGUGAUGGAAUAAAUAAUAUAGCUAUCAAAAAAAUUGCACAUUGUCGUUAUUUAGAAUAUCUCGAACUUUAUAGUAUAAAAACUCUUACUCUGCAUAUAUCUGAUUCGUCAAUUUUCAAAAUUGCAAAAAUGUGUCCUAAUAUCAUAUAUCUUGAUCUUGGAUAUGUUGACUUUAUUUUCGAUAGAACCCUUAAAACUAUCGCAGAGUAUUUAUAUAAUCUAGAAUAUCUUAGCCUGAAAGGUUGUCGUAGAAUUAGUCAAAAAAUAAUAGACAUGUUAUUUUCUGAUCUCAAAAUAGGUGGGUAUUACUCAUUACCACUUGGGCGGUAA